AUGCACCCGGCGCUCGGCAACCCUCGCGCGGUCUCGUCCUCGUCUGGCUCCUUCCUGCCGCCCCCAGCUGCCGCUCGGUUACAGCCCCUCUUCCUCCGAGGGGGUUCCUCCCGCGGCCGGAGAGGCUCGGGCGACAGCAGCACCAGUACCAGCACCAGCCGGGGGGGAGGAGGCGGCAGACGCGGCGGGGGCGGCUGCUCCCCAAGCAGCAGCACCGGCGCAGAGAGGGAGGAGGACGACGAAAGCAUCAGCAUCAGCAAGCCGCUGGUGCCGGCCGCCGCCGCCGCGCUCCCGGGACCCCCGGCUCAAGGGGGCGCCGCGGCCGCCGACUCCGCGCCGGCCGCUUUCUCCUCCUCCGCGGUCACUUCCUCCUCCACCUCCACGCCCACCUCCUCUUGCAGCAUGACAGCCGUGGACUUCGGCGGGGGCGCAGCGGCUGGGGCCGUCGGGGGCCCUGGGAGCCGCUCGACCGGGGGCGCGGGCGGUACCGGGACCGGCAGCGGCGCUUCCUGCUGCUCGUGUUGCUGCUGCUGCGGCCGCCCCACCCGGUCUGGCCGCAGGGGUCGGCGUCGGGGCUGCACCCCUAGCCCUGGGUGCAGCUGGGGCUACCAGGCGCUGUCCGUGGUGCUACUGCUGGCGCAAGGCGGUCUGCUAGACCUGUACCUCAUCGCUGUCACUGACCUGUACUGGUGCUCCUGGAUCGCCACCGACUUGGUGGUGGUGGUGGGUUGGGCCAUCUUCUUCGCCAAGAACAGCCGGGGCCGUCGGGGCGGCGUGGCGAGUGGUACGCACAACCACCAUCAGCACCACCACCACGCUGCGCCUCCUCUGCACUUGCCGGUCGCCUCUUCAGCCUCCGCUGGGGCUACCGCCGGGGCCAAGGCGCGCGGCGGACGCGCUAGCGCUGGAGGCCUGGGGAGCAGUCAGGGGGCAACCGGGACAGCGGGCGAGUUCGCCUUCGCCUACCUGGCCUGGCUCAUCUACUCCAUCGCCUUUACGCCCAAGGUGGUGCUUAUUCUCGGCACGUCCAUCCUGGACCUCAUAGAGCUUCGCGCGCCCUUUGGCACCACGGGCUUCCGCCUCACCAUGGCGCUGUCGGUGCCCCUGCUCUAUAGCUUGGUGAGGGCUAUCAGCGAGGCGGGCGCGCCUACGGGCUCCGCGGGACCCCUCCUGCUACAGCCCCAGCAACACCGUGCCGCUGGUUGCUUCCUGGGUACGUGUCUCGACCUGCUUGACAGCUUUACCCUGGUGGAGCUAAUGCUGGAAGGGCGCGUGCCGCUGCCAGCACACCUGCGAUACCUGCUUAUCUCUGUCUACUUCCUGACCCUCGCCUCGCCGGUGCUCUGGCUCUACGAGCUCAACUCCGCAACCGUGGCAGCGUCAUCCUGGGGCCAGGCUUCUGGCCCCGGCAGCUGCAGCCGCCUUCUGCGUCUACUGGGUGGCUGCCUGGUAGACGUGCCCUUGCUAGCGCUGCGGUGCCUCCUAGUGGUGAGCUACCAGCAGCCCCUCUCCAUCUUCAUGCUCAAGAACCUCUUCUUCCUUGGCUGCCGAGGCUUGGAGGCCCUGGAGGGCUGUUGGGACCGGGGAAGUCGGGCCUCCCCUAGUAGGGUCAGAGGUGGUUACGGUGCUCCACCCUCUGCCCCGCCGCCCCCGCCCCCACCACCUCAGGGAGGUUCCCAGCUGGGCCACUGCAUCUCUGAGAACGAGGGAGGUCCCCAUGGUUAUGUCAACACACUGGCAGUGGCUUCCCAGAAUUGAGGGAGUGAAGGACAACCUUACUUUGAGGUUGAGUCCCCAGGCCCCAUGGCCUCUGACCUCUUUCCCUGAUUUGGUUAGGCUUUGUUGGGAAGAGGUGACUUUUAUUAGGGCUGAGGGCCAGUACAU